AUGACAGACGACGGAGAAGAGGAGGGGUGUGACAUUUGUUUUGAGAGCUACAAGUUACCUAAGCUGUUGCCAUGUCGACACACUUUUUGUGAACAUUGUUUGAGGGAUUAUGGUAAAAACACGUGUCCUCGGGAUCUAAACGAGUUCCUGGUAUGUCCCCUGUGUCGGACUCACUGUGUACUGCUCCCUAGCGGAGUGGAAGGUUUCUUUAACAAUUACUUUGUCCGCGACAGUCAAGUCUAUGACCGCUCUUGUGUCGCCUACAAAGAAUAUCCGAAGUGUAAUUUUUGCAAAGAGACAUUGUCAGCUGAUGGCGUGUGGGAUCAUCGCUGUACACUGUCGUCUAAGCUAUUGUCGUCUGAGCUAUCGUCAGACGAAAACGAAGACAGCGAAUAUACCUACAACGAUACUCCACUGGAGUUUAGCCUUCGGUUUCCAUUGCUGAGAAUGAAAACGAAAUAUAAAAUGGACUUAUUAUCCUCGUUCUCCUUGGUUAGAGAAGACAGCGACGACGCUUUAAUUACUUGUAUACGUGUUACUCCAGAAAACACGUGCUACAGCAUUGUCAAUUGCUCAUCCACAUACGAGAAGCAUGACUCCACAGGCAAGGCUAUCGGAGGAACAACCAUUACCCCAAACACGGGAAUAAUGGACAUGGUGUAUCGGAAAGAUAAAACUGUAUUGUUUCAAACCAAAAACGAAAUAUUUGUUGUGAAUGAAAAUAGCGUGAAGCUAUUUAGCUUGAUAAGAAACUUUGAGGGUGUGUCCAUGGCAUUGUUCUCAGAUGAGCGCGUGGUUACCGUCGGAACGGUGGUCUCUUUUGAAAAGAGCUUUCGGAAUUUGGGAGAAGAUUCAGACAGCAUGGAUCAAGAGGACAAAAAGGAAGAACCUUCUGUAAAAGGUAAAAUCGUGGUCUUGUCUAGGGACGGAAAGAAGAUUCUUGCUGACCUAAGUAGAGAACGCUGUUGUCCUAGUGUCGUGGCAGUGAACCAGAUCAAUGACACAAUCUGCAUGAGUGAUUCUGAACGAAAUAUUGUGUCAGUCUUCGUGCAGAGCGGCGAAAUCAUUGGAGAGUUUAACAUAGAAUCAACAGGUCUCGGGUUGUUCAACUUGCUUCAUAUGUUUGGUGAUACGGGAUCCCGAAGUAUUAACCCUGCAGGUAUUUGUUUUGACCCUGAUGGUAACAUUCUUGUUGUCGACCAAAUCAGCGCAUCCGUGUUGAUGCUUGACGCCAGUGCUGGAUUCAUAGGUAUUCUGGUGACUGGCGCGGAAGAGGGAUUUGGACGUCCCUUUUUGAUAGGCUGUGGAUUGAAUGGGAUCAUAUGGUUAGGGGAUAGGGGAACGAUGAAGGUAUUCCGUCUGGCUGGCUACGUCAAUAGUAUGUAA